AUGGACGCGCGCGGGGGCGGCGGGCGGCCCGGGGAGAGCCCGGGUGCGACCCCCGCGCCGGGGCCGCCGCCGCCGCCUCCGCCGCCGCCGCCGCCCGCGACCCCCCAGCAGCAGCCGCAGCAGCAGCAGCCGCAGCCGCCGCCGCCCCCCCCCGCGCCCCCGCCGGCGCCCCCCGCGCCCGCCCGGCCCGACGCGCCCCCGGAGGCGGCCGAGUCGUGCGGCCCGCCGCGGGCCCGGCUCCGCAGCCGCGACAGCUCGUGCGGCCGGCCCGGCACCCCGGGCGCGGCCAGCACGGCCAAGGGCAGCCCGAACGGCGAGUGCGGGCGCGGCGAGCCGCAGUGCAGCCCCGCGGGGCCCGAGCUGGGCCCGGCGCGGGGCCCCAAGGUGUCGUUCUCCUGCCGCGGGGCGGCCGCGGGGCCGGGGCCGGGGCCCGGGCCGGCGGACGAGGCCGGCAGCGAGGAGGCGGGCCCGGCCGGGGAGCCGCGCGGCAGCCAGGCCAGCUUCAUGCAGCGCCAGUUCGGCGCGCUCCUGCAGCCCGGCGUCAACAAGUUCUCGCUGCGGAUGUUCGGCAGCCAGAAGGCGGUGGAGCGCGAGCAGGAGCGCGUCAAGUCGGCGGGGGCCUGGAUCAUCCACCCCUACAGCGACUUCAGGUUUUACUGGGAUUUCACCAUGCUGCUGUUCAUGGUGGGGAACCUCAUCAUCAUCCCGGUGGGCAUCACGUUCUUCAAGGACGAGACCACGGCCCCCUGGAUCGUCUUCAACGUGGUCUCGGACACCUUCUUCCUUAUGGACCUGGUGCUCAACUUCCGCACGGGCAUCGUCAUCGAGGACAACACGGAGAUCAUCCUGGACCCCGAGAAGAUCAAGAAGAAGUACCUGCGCACGUGGUUCGUGGUGGACUUCGUGUCCUCCAUCCCUGUGGACUACAUCUUCCUCAUCGUGGAGAAGGGCAUCGACUCGGAGGUGUACAAGACGGCGCGGGCCCUGCGCAUCGUGCGUUUCACUAAGAUCCUCAGCCUGCUGCGGCUGCUGCGGCUGUCGCGGCUCAUCCGCUACAUCCACCAGUGGGAGGAGAUCUUCCAUAUGACCUAUGACCUGGCGAGCGCGGUUAUGCGCAUCUGCAACCUCAUCAGCAUGAUGCUGCUGCUGUGCCACUGGGACGGCUGCCUGCAGUUCCUGGUGCCCAUGCUGCAGGACUUCCCGCGCAACUGCUGGGUGUCCAUCAACGGCAUGGUGAACCACUCCUGGGGUGAGCUCUACUCCUUCGCUCUCUUCAAGGCCAUGAGCCACAUGCUAUGCAUCGGCUAUGGGCGGCAGGCGCCUGAGAGCAUGACAGACAUCUGGCUGACCAUGCUCAGUAUGAUCGUGGGCGCCACCUGCUACGCCAUGUUCAUUGGCCACGCCACGGCGCUCAUCCAGUCCCUCGAUUCCUCCCGGCGACAGUACCAGGAGAAGUACAAGCAAGUGGAGCAGUACAUGUCCUUCCACAAGCUGCCCGCAGACUUCCGCCAGAAGAUCCACGACUAUUACGAGCAUCGCUACCAGGGCAAGAUGUUCGACGAGGACAGUAUCCUGGGCGAGCUCAAUGGGCCUCUGCGGGAGGAGAUCGUGAACUUCAACUGCCGCAAACUGGUGGCUUCCAUGCCCCUGUUUGCCAAUGCCGACCCCAACUUCGUCACGGCCAUGCUGACCAAGCUCAAGUUCGAGGUGUUCCAGCCGGGUGACUACAUCAUCCGGGAGGGCACCAUCGGGAAGAAGAUGUACUUCAUCCAGCACGGCGUGGUCAGCGUGCUCACCAAGGGCAACAAGGAGAUGAAGCUGUCCGACGGCUCCUACUUUGGGGAGAUCUGCCUGCUGACUCGGGGCCGCCGCACAGCCAGUGUGCGGGCCGACACCUACUGCCGCCUCUACUCACUGAGUGUGGACAACUUUAACGAGGUGCUGGAGGAGUACCCCAUGAUGCGCAGGGCCUUUGAGACCGUCGCCAUCGACCGCCUGGACCGCAUCGGCAAGAAGAACUCGAUCCUGCUGCACAAGGUCCAGCACGACCUCAACUCGGGCGUGUUCAACAACCAGGAGAACGCCAUCAUCCAGGAGAUCGUCAAGUAUGACCGCGAGAUGGUGCAGCAGGCCGAGCUGGGCCAGCGCGUGGGCCUCUUCCCGCCACCGCCGCCGCCGCAGGUCACCUCGGCCAUCGCCACGCUGCAGCAGGCCGUGGCCAUGAGCUUCUGCCCGCAGGUGGCAAGGCCGCUCGUGGGGCCCCUGGCGCUGGGCUCCCCGCGCCUGCUGCGCCGUCCUCCGCUCGGCGCCGCCACUGCCGCCUCGCCGGGGCCGCCCGCCGCCAGCCCCCCGGGCGCCGCCCCGCUCAGCCCCAGGGCCCCCCGGACCUCGCCCUACGGCGGAGGCGGCGGGCCCAGCUCCCCCGCGGCGCCCCGGGCCGCCGGGCCCGCGCUGCCCGCUCGCCGACUGAGCCACGCGUCCCGCCCGCUGUCCGCCUCGCAGCCGUCGCUGCCCCACGGCGCGUCCGGGCCCGGCCCCACGGCCUCGGCGCGCCCCGCCAGCAGCUCCACGCCGCGCCUGGGCCCCGCGCCCGCCGGCGCCGCCGCCCGGGCCUCCGCCACCGCCGCCCCCAGCCCGGACCACCGCAGGGACUCGGCCUCGCCCGGCGCGGCCAGCGGCGGCGGCGGCCUCGACCCGCUGGACUCUGCGCGCUCGCGCCUCUCGUCCAACUUGUGACCCUCGCUGCGCCGCCCCCCGGGAGUGGCCGGGGCGUGGGGGGCCGGGGACCCGCCGGGCGGCCGUGGGGGCCGGGCGGGGGGCGUCGCCCAGACCAAAGCCAUCCACUGCGCUGCCCGGCCGCCCCCGAAGCCAUAGAGGAGACUCGUAGGUAGUUGUAGUGGCAGGCACGGGCGGGCCCGGGGCGGCGGGCACCCCCUCCGCGCGCCCCGCGCCGACCCUCUUUCUCAUCGACCCCGCGCCCACCCACAUCGCCCCAGCCGGGGCUCCCUUCACCUCGGUGCCUGAGUUAACCCAAGCGUCCAAUUGGGGGUGGUGGGACGGGGCGUGCGUGCGUCCGUCCCGUCGAGGAGGACUACCUGGGCAGUGCAAUACUGGGCCCGCCGGCUUCCGCUGCCCCAAGAAACGCUCACGCAAUAACCGGCCCCUGCCCCAGCGCGUCCGUCCUUCCUUCCGUUCGUCCGUCUGUCCGUCCGUCCGCAGUGACCUCCCCAGAGCGGGCAUCCCCGGCUCUUGACCCCCUUCACUUCCCCGCUGCCAGGGGCGCGGGGGUGGGGAGGCCCAGGGAGGGGUCCCCGCCGUCGAGAUGAAUGUACUGACGAGCCGAGGCAGCAGCCCUUCCUUCCCCUCCACCACCGCGCCCCCCAACCCCGGCCCCACUAAGCCCCCUUCCCCACACGCACACACCCCCAUUCCGCGCAAUAAACGACAGCAUUGGCGCCCA